AUGAACCUCAUUCAACAUGAAGCUUCAUCAUCAUCAUCACUCCCUUCGGAGGAGCAAACAAUGACUCCAAAAAAUCCUUCUCCAACUACCACCUCCGGUGGAAUUCAAUCAUAUUUGCAAUUAAAUCAAUAUUCUCUUUCAAAAGAGCAAGAGCAAGAAUUAUUGUCCAUGUUUCAAAUGUAUGCCAAGGACAAUAAGGUUUCAUUGAAGGACUUGCACAGUUUGAUUAAAUCAAAUGUUGGAGUAAAGAUUGAUAUUGAAGAAUUGAUGGAUAUGGUUCAAAUAUUUUCCCCAGAGAGUAUGGUGGAAGCUCUAAAUAAUGAAAGUAAUGAGCGAAAAAUAGAAAAGAUUAAAGUAGAUUUUCCUACGUUUAUUAAAUGUUUGAAUACACGAUAUAUUGAUUCCGAGAAAUUUUCAAAAGAACAAUUACAAGACUUGUAUAUUACAGAAAUUUAUAAUUUAUUAGAUGCCAAUAGAUCUGGCACUAUAGGCCGAUCGGAACUCUCUCACUUUUUUUCGAGAGCUUUAGGAGAGAAUUUGGUUGAAGAUCAAAUUAUUGACAUGCUUUCUUUGUUUAAAAAUCAAACCAUUAGCUUGGAAGAAUUCAAAACUUUCGUAAAACAACUGAAUAUUAAAUUUUAA